UCCACCAUAUUGGACUCCUAUCGGUACCAGAACCACUGAGUUCUGCUGGAGCUGCUGGACAGUCUUCAGAUCUGUUCACCUCCAAAUCCUCCACCUCCCUGGUCUAACAUCUCAGAACCAGCCCUCCAUUGGUUCUUCUACCCCUCAGGAGAUCCUUCAGAGGAUCUUGGAGGGUAGAAGUGUCUGAAGUUUUCAGUCUAUCUACAGGGGUUCCUCCAGGGUCAGUCUAUCUACAGGGGUUCCUCAGAGAUCAGUCUAUCUACAGGGGUUCCUCAGAGGUCAGUCUAUCUACAGGGGUUCCUCAGAGGUCAGUCUAUCUACAGGGGUUCUUCAGAGGUCAGUCUAUCUACAGGGGUUCCUCCAGGGUCUGUGCUCGGUCCUCCUCUUCUCAAUAAACCCAAUAAUCCUCCCACAUGGUUCCUCCACCAGCUCUUCCUGUUGUUCCCCCCAGACGACCAAACGGAUCUCAUCAUCCUUACAGAUUUCUGGAUGAACAAACUCCACCUUCAGCUCCACCUCUCCCAGACUGAGCUCCUCAUCCUCCCAGCCAGUCCCUCUAUUCAACAAGAAACCAACAUCCAGCUGGAAUCAACUCAGACCCUCAGAGUCCUCCAGGAAAUCAUGAUGGAUGACCAUCUAACCUCCAAGGUUCAUGAGUCCUCUGCUGCUCAGUUGUGUCGGUUCGUCCUGUAGAACAUCAGGAAGAUCAGGGGCCUCAUUUAUAAAACAUUGCGUAGGAUCCACACUAAAAGUUUGACUACGCCGAAAAUCGGAAAUAGGCGUACGCCAAGACAUAUUCUGAUUUAUAAAACUGUGCGUACGCACAACUGCACGCAAUUUCCCAUUUAUAAAUCCCACUCCAGCUGGAAGAUUGCGCAGGUGGAUCCACCUCACAUCCCGCCCACGACACACCCACAUUUUACCAUGAAUGGUCAAUGCAAAGUAACUCAUGAAUGUAUUUGCAUAUAAACAAGCUGCUGAUCCACAGCAUUUUACGCUCAGUCAUGGCAGAAAAAAGAAAACGAAAUGUUUCGGAGACCGAGAUAGAGGUGCUUGUGGAUGAGGUGGAGGCCAGGAAGAGUAUUUUGUUUGGUGGUCAUAGUAGUGGCAUCUCUAACAAAAGAAAAGGCACUGAGUGGCAGCACGUUGUCACCUCUGUCAACAGUGUGAGUGCCACAGAGAGAACUGUGGCAGAGGUGAAAAGGAAGUGGUCUGAUUUGAAGGUGGAGUCCAAGAAGAGAGUGACAUGCCAUCGCCAAAGCGUGUCUGCUACAGGUGGGGAUAGAGGCAAACCCGAGCCCACACCGCUGGACAGCAGGAUAGCAUCCAUCCUCAGGACGGCCAGCAUGUGUGGAAUCGUGUCAGAGAAGGAAGGAGACACCGAUUUGGCAGAGCCCACAGAGGAGACCGAGUUGGAAACGCUGGCUGACGAGGAGGUUCCGACCACAGCGUGUCCUGUCAGCGUGGAUGAAUCCUGGCUGUCCCCAGUACAACUACAUCCUGAGACCAUGGCACACCUAGAAGUGGUCGGAUUCUGGCAGACAGAAUUCUACAAUCACAAAGGGACACCAUCGGUGCCAUAAAUGAAGUGUGGGAUGAGCUCCAGCAAAUACGCACCGUAAUGAACAACAUGUGUGAGGUCCUGUCUGACAUUGCCGCCUCUAUUAAAGAUCUUGUUAAAAAAAAAUGAAACUUACUUUCGGUCUUAUUGUAAACGCUGCAUAACACCCCGGCUCUACACGUGUAAUAUGUGAUGACAAUAAAGGUUUGAGAUAAAUCUGGCU